AUGACCACCCGGGCGGAGCGCAUGCAACAGCGCAUGCGAGGCGCAGGUCAUGGCCAGGUUGAGGAUGUUUCGUUUCAAUUGGACUUCGGCGACGACCUCACAGCCGAGAUCGAGCCCCAGAAUAGCCCAGAGAGGCCGCCUCCCAGAACGACACCGACACCGAACACGUCGGCUAAGAGGCGGAAAUUAGACAGCGAUGCGGUUCGACCGGCGAUACCAACAACGAACGAUACGAGUAUAGCCUCCAGGCAGUCCUCAGGGAAGGCGGACCCGUACGAACUCCAAGAAGGAUCUUCUACCGAAUCUGCGCGACCUGCAGCCGCGCAAACCGCUACAAGCCCCACCGCUGUCAUUGAACAGUACGAUCCCGAGUCGGUCGAGUCUCUGCCGCCACCGAGGCCUGCUGUGCCUGCGCCGCCCAUCUCGCCAGUGUCGAGGAGGGGUACGACAGAACAUACCGAAGUAGAAGAAAGUCCCCUCGAUGCGCCAGGCAGUGGCCGACGACGCACAAUCGCGACCAGCAGCGCUCUCGUGUCGAGCGCCAGAUUACAGCAGGCGCUUUCACCCGGUGACAACGAAACCGAGACUGUUCCUAUAUCGUCUCCUUUGGAGCGUAAAGCACGGAGAAACACGGUCGGCACGCGCAGGUCAACGCUUAGCUCCCGCGGGAGUCGAAACUCUGCCGUGUCUGCGGACGAAGGUCUAGAUGAGCUCUCGCCAGAUCGGACGGCGAGGACAGGAUCUCCUGAGCUUUCUUAUCGUCACGAUGCGGAAGUGGAAGAAUCGACAGCACCCAUCGCUGGACCAGGAUCAGAGCCAGCAUCUCCGUCAGAGCUGGAACCAGAGGCGGAACCAGAACCGGAAACAUUUGUGGAGGAGGCGCCUGAGGCAGAGCGAGAUCACAACGAAACCUUGGCAGAAGAGGUGGACGUGAAUGAGGCAGCCCAAAGACUAGGCCGAAAACGACCGCGUGGGAGCCCCAAAGCAAUCUCCCCUGAACCAGACUCAACUAUAGCCGAGAAGGAUCAAGAAGAGCCAUUACCCAAGAGACGGAGAAAACAAACGCAUAAGAGCCCAGCGAAACAGAAGCAAGGAAGACCCAAGGCGGCUUCCAAAGCUAAGGAUACUUCACCGAAAGCUGCUACGAAGCGCAGGAAGAAGCAAGGAGCGGACGGAGCUGAGGAGUCCGUGGCCAUUCCUGUGCAGCGAUUUACAAAACGAGUGCAGGUCGCGGAAGGCGACGAAGACGACGCCGAUGUGCUCAACCUGGACAUCCCAUUUGCUGGACGUGGCGGAGUCAACACAGUUGACGUGUUGACCCAGAUGUGCGACGAGAUCAUUGAGGCGAGUCUGGAUACCCUUAAGGAGGGCGUGCGAAACGCACAGGAUAAGUCUGCCAAGCGAGAACAUCAAGUGCAGCUCCGAGCUCUGGAGGCUUAUCAGGAGGAGUUGAGAGCUCGACUAUUACAACAUACCAUCCUUCUCGACGCGCUCCACAGCUUGCGCAAGCGAGUACGCAACGUCCAGAAAGAGAGGAUCACUAUUCGGGAUGAAAUCAUGCGCAUCCGUGCCGAACGGGACCAAGUGGCACUCCGGAAGGAUGCCGUCAGAAUUAAGCACGAAAGGGUCACAGAGGAAGCAUUGAUGCAUGACAUCGACCUAGCCGUAGAGCGCGGUCGGGCAGCGCCUGAGCUUGAUCCAGCCGAGAAGAAGACGGCAGAGCUGGCCAACCUCGAGAUUUUGAUAUCCAGGAUUACAGACCAAGCCUGUACGCAGAGCGACACAGGGGGGACGCUGAAACAGAUCAAGGACUUCAAUGCCUUCCUCGAACGAGCUGCCGUGGCUCUUGAAGGCAGGGUGAGCGGCUAA